GUGUGAAGCCCAAAAUAUAAUCUCACUAACUUGUUCCUCUCUUUCCCCUAUAACACGUUUUGUUCCUUCUCCUUUGUCUCUAUAAAUGCAUUUGCAAUACAUAUCUCUUCUUACAUAACAUUACAAAAAUAGAAAAUUUUGUGUACAACUGCCUCCGAUGAAGGGUCCAGCAGACGGCGACGAUCUGUCGAUCGGAGUACCAUUGUUGGCGGAUAAAGGAGAGGAUGAGUCAACCCACCAACACCAACUCAGCCGCCACAACUCAGUUCCGGGCUCUACAUCUUUCUUCAAAACCUGCUUCAACGGCGUCAACGCUCUAUCAGGUGUAGGAAUACUAUCAGUUCCUUAUGCCCUAUCAUCAGGUGGAUGGCUGAGCUUGAUACUGCUCUUCCUCAUCGCCGGUUGCACCUACUACACAUCUAUACUGAUCAAAAGAUGCAUGGACUUGGACACAAACAUUCGAAGCUAUCCUGAUAUAGGGGAGCGAGCAUUUGGGUCGACUGGGAGGAUGUUCGUAGCAGUAACAAUGAACAUGGAGUUGUAUCUUGUGGCAACCGGUUUUGUGAUUCUUGAGGGCGAUAAUCUACAAAAUUUAUUUCCGGCCUUUGGAGGAGAUUUUGUAACCGGGAAGCAAGCCUUCGUUCUCAUCAUUGGACUCAUAGUGCUACCUACUGUGUGGCUGGACAACAUGGCCAUUCUUUCUUACAUAUCUGCCACUGGAGUAGUCGCUUCCUUUUUGCUCAUCGCUUCUGUUCUGUGGUCUGCUGUUUUUGAUGGCAUCGGAUUUCAGGAGCAGGGCACUAUGUUUCAGAGCAGAGGAAUCCCUACCGCGAUUAGCCUAUAUGCGUUCUGUUACUGCGCACAUCCGGUUUUUCCAACGUUGUACACUUCCAUGAGAAACCAAAAGCAAUUUUCUAAGGUUUUGCUCGUAUGCUUUCUUGUUUGCACAACGAGCUAUGCUUCGAUGGCUGUCCUAGGGUAUCUAAUGUUCGGGUCAAAGGUGCAGUCUCAGGUAACAUUGAAUCUCCCUACUAACUUGGUUAGCUCGAAAGUUGCUAUCUACACUACGUUGGUCAAUCCGUUGGCUAAGUACGCUUUGAUGUCACGUCCAAUUGUGAAAUCUCUUGAGAGGAGAUUCUUGGUGGGGCGUAGCAGACGGUGGAGCAUAUUGAUUAGGACUGCGUUGGUGGCGAGCACGAUCUUUGUGGCCUUGGCUGUGCCUUUCUUCGGGUAUCUAAUGUCACUGGUGGGCGCGUUUCUAAGCGUCACGGCUUCAAUCAUCGUGCCUUGCUUGUGCUAUAUGAAGAUCUCGGGGAUUUAUGUCAGAAUUGGGAGUGAGUUGAUUGUGUUGUGUGGGAUUGUGGUGGUUGGUGGUGUUGUGCUUGUAGUUGGUACUUAUACAGCAUUGUUGGAGAUUUUGAACCAAUUGAUUCCAUCCUGAUUGUGUUUUAUGAUCUGAUGAUCGUGUAUUUUACUAUAAUGGAUAUAAUUAUUCAUUGUUCUA